AUGUCCCAAAUCUCUUUGCUGUACAAGCGUCAUAAUGCACGGAAGAAACUAGCCCAAACAGUCAACUGCCCUGAUUCCGACCCUGCCAGUCGGAGCCCUUCCCCAGAGCCCAAGCUCACUCCUUCCGAAUUGGCCCUAGACGAUGAUCUGUACGCGGAGGCCGGCUUAGAUCCGGAAACAACACCACCUCCAGCCAGCGAGCUAUGUGGUUCUGUCUCACUUUUGAAGGCUGCUAAUCAAGUGGAAAAAUUCCUGGCAAACUGGGCUAACCAAGUAUGUUACCAUAGAGCUUUGGCUGAACCACAUAACUCAGCAAACCACAAGUGA